AUGGCAGCUUCGGACGCGGUUCUCAGCUUCAUGACCAAGCAGAGCAACUUGGGAGGCGUUGUAGUCAAUGGUAUUCAGAGCUCCCCUCCCCACCACUCCGCUCGUUUGAGCAUCCAUUCUUUCAUGAUCAAAAUGGCUAACAGCAAAUCUUUUGUACCAGAAUUACCGAAGCUCGAUCUCGACCUCUAUCUCCAAAAUUAUGUCGGCCGUACUCGAUUCGAUCGCCUGUUUUUAAUCGGACAAAGCUCUGCACCACUUUGUGUUGAAGCUCUGAAAGCUGCCGUUAAUGAAGCCAAAACAGGGAACGAUGUCAACCGUUACCGGGAUGCCUGGGAUGCUGUUCGGAAUGUUGCCCCAAAUGACCCCGAAGCGCAAAGAGACGAUGCAUGGAUAGAGCAGACCGAGAUGGCAAACAAGGCCGAGACGGCGAGGCUGGAGGGCGAACUAAAAGGAUACAGAAAUAAUCUCAUUAAAGAGAGCAUUCGGAUGGGUAACGAGGACCUCGGCAAACACUUUGAAAGCAUUGGAAAGCUGUCUGAAGCCACCGACGCCUAUACAAGGAUGCGACAAGAUGUCAGCACCACCAAGCAUAUCAUCGACUGUGGCAUGCAUCUUGCCAACGUGUCGCUCCACCGUCGGGACUACGCCAUGGUCUUGAACAACAUUGGCAAGAUCACAUCCGUGCAAAACGGUGACGACGAAAAGUCACUUCAAGCAUAUACCAGGAUCGCCUCUGGGAUCGCCUUGUUAGGGCUGGAGCGUUUCGAGGACGCAGCAAAGCAGUUUCUGAGAACCGAUUUCACCGUGUCCCCAACCGAAUAUAAUCACAUCGCCAGUCCAAAUGAUGUCGCCGUUUAUGGUGGUCUCCUAGCCCUAGCCACCAUGGAUCGGAAGGAACUUCAACAAAAUGUCUUGGAGAAUCAGACGUUCCGCACAUUUCUCGAACACGAGCCACAUAUUCGAAAGGCGAUCAGCCUGUUCGUCAAUAGUCGAUACUCGAGCUGUCUCUCCAUAUUAGAAGGUUCCCGAGCAGAUUAUCUGCUCGACAUUUACCUCCAGAACCACGUCCCUGCCAUCUACUCCAAAAUACGUACCAAAUGUAUUGUCCAAUACUUUGUCCCCUUCUCUUGCGUUACCUUGGAAUGUCUCGACGCAGCCUUUGCUCAGCCAGGAACAUCUAUUGGUUCCGAACUGGUAGAAAUGAUACGCCAAAAUGCAUUGAAAGCACGAAUCGAUGCAAAGAAUAAGCUUCUAGUUGCCGUCCGCCCUGAUGCCCGAGCUGUCAUGCAAAAGGAAGCCCUUCAAGUUGCCCAGAGCUACGAGCGGGAAGCUAAGGAACGAUUGCGUCGCAUCAGCCUUGCUGCUACUGGACUGGAUGUGGUUGGUGGGAAGAAAGCGACCCCUGGCCUUCCCAGCGGAUCGGGUUUGGACGAGGCAUGGUAUGAUGACAGCAGACAACCACCUUUUCAGGGGACUGGGCUGGAAAUGGAAGGCUGA